AUGCGAUUAGCUUUGGCAGCCACCGUCAGCGGCAACGUAGAAAAUCGAGGAAAUCAUAUGCGCGAUGCAAAACUGAGCAACGACUACACCAGAGGCAAGUCGUACUGCCUUGUCACUGGGGCCAAAUUUUGCACUAAUCUGCAGGCAGCUGUCGGGGGAGCAUUGGUAGAGGAAAUAUCUCCCGGUCCAAUGAAGUCGUGGUCGCAGCUGUCUGCAGCGGUGGAGCAGUUAGCGCAGACUUUUAGUUCCUCUCGAUCAUCAUCACAGUCAAUUGUACAAGAGAUAAAGUGCUUGAUUGGCAGUGGGUCUGAUCAAAAGCAGGACCUGCUUUAUCGAAGAAUAUGCACCCUUCUACGGUCGAGCGGAAGGUUUAUAGAGAAGACAAAAUAA